GUUGGUCUUGCUCCCUUGUAUGAUCAGGUUCCAAAAGGGAGACUCCAACUGUUGCACCGGAUCUGGACAGAGACGUGGUUUGGCGAGGCUGAAAGUGCUCAUGCCCCGUCAAUCAUGAUGAACAUGGCGCCGCGAAACGUAGGCGAGUUCCAGUAAAUAUGUGCACAUAGAUAUUCUAGCAUUUCAUGAGGGCAGUCGAACCUUAUGAACCUCAUCAAACAAUGGCACAUGAAUCGAGAGUGAUAAUACGCCUGUACAGUGCGAGGGAAAUAAACCAAAUCCAAAUAAGACAAAGAUCUCACAUUGAGACUUUGAUCCCGCCACUGGCAGUUAAAAAAAAAAACCCCCCUUCGGAUCUGUUCCAAGGUCAAGCUAGGUCGAGCUGUCAAAAUCGAAUGUUGCCAGCCCCUCUCAAAACAUACUACCUUUUAUUAUCCAUGGCAUGUCACACAGCACAACCCUCACCCAAGGAGAUCUACAGUACACCGAUUCUUGCCAACAUCUCCAAUCCCAUCUCGUCACUAUGCCCAACACUUUGCCCAGAUACGUGAGGACAUUUCUCGACAACGGCUUCCCACUUGACGUGUUUGGGCAACAGCCGGGUCUCUACAACCUGUACACGCAGAUAUGCUUGUGCUAUUCGGUCGAGGAUCCCAAAGUAGCCUCCUCCAUCAUCAGAAGACUGAUGACGGGCUUGGAACGGCUGACGGCCAAUUUUCCCUGGGUUGCCGGACAGGUGGUAAAGUCGAACGGGACCUACCAGAUCGUGCCCUUCGAGCGGACUCCUCGCCUCGUGGUUCGAGAUUACAGAGACAACCCUGAUAUACCGCCCAUGGACGUGCUCCGGUUCACCGGGUUCCCUAUGGACAUGUUGGACGAAAUAGUCAUCUGCCCGAUUCGUACGCUCGCGGCCAAGACUGCCAAAGAAAACGACCCGGCGCCCGUGUUUAUGGUCCAGGCCAACCUGAUCGACGAGGGAUUGGUGCUCAGUUUCGUCGCCCAACACAACGUCAUGGACAUGACUGGCCUGGCCCAGAUCAUGCGUCUACUAUCCAUGGACUGUCAUGAUGACCCGUACAGCCACGAGCUGAUCUGGGGCAAUCGACACCGCGGCAGUGUUAUCCCUUUGUUGGAAGAACCCUUUGAUCCGUGGACCGAGCUGUCAAGGCAGCUGGUGAGACCGGCUCCUGUUGCUCCUGCUGAAGAGAUACCUGCCAGUAGUCCAGUACCCACGGCUGCGGCUACUGCUACAACGGUCUCACCGUUUGAUGGCACCCCAAAAUGCUCAUGGGCCACCUGGAUCUUUUCUCGGGACUCGUUGGAGGCACUAAAGGCGCUUGGGACGCGGACAAUGGAUCCGCAGAUCGACUUUAUCUCGACAGAUGACGCUCUCAGUGCGUUUAUCUGGCAGUCAAUCAUGCGAGCCCGGCUGCCGAGGUUGGACCCGAAGCAAAGAGUCACAUUCGCCCGAGCCGUUGACCCCAGGCGCUUCUUGGGUAUUCCGAACUCAUACAUGGGCGUGGUGCAGAACAUGACAUAUCACACAUAUAGCCUGGAUGAGUUUUUACAAAUGCCUUUGGGCGGUGUUGCGUCAAAUUUGCGAGCGGCCCUGGACCCGAAAACAUCAACAGUGGAUCGUAACACUCGGGCGCUGGCGACUUUCUUGGAACAACACCCAGAGGACCGACAUCUCGUCUCGGUCACGGCGACGUUGGACCUGGGUUCCGAUAUCAUGCUGAGUUCCUGGGUCAAGGAAAAGCUAUAUGAACUUGAUUUCAACCUGGGUGUGGGUAAACCGGAGGCUGUGCGGAGACCGGCGUUCGACCCCGUCGAGAGUCUUAUAUAUCUGAUGCCAAAAGCGUUGAACGGCGAGAUCUCCGCAGCCAUAUGUCUAAGAGACGAAGAUCUGGACAGGCUGAGAGCAGAUGAACAAUUCAAGAAGUAUGCCAGGUAUGUGUGCUGAAUGUCCAGAGCUUGGAACCAGAGUACAAUCGGACACGCCCUGUUGGCCAAGGGGCGCGGGGGCACCGAGGCGCGCCAAGGUGGGAAAUGGAGGUGCCUGUGGCUGGAGAUCCUCGGAAUGGAGGACCAGAACCCUGAAGCUACUGUAAAGUGGCAUGAGAUGUCCAGAGCAAUGUUUAGUGUCCGGAGCACCGAGAUCCCUUGCGAGCGGAGACAGGCAUGACGGGGGUCAAUCUAUUCCGGCUUAACGGCCCUCACAGAGAUAUAUCUUCCCUCUCCCCAGUGUAAGUACGCUUCGACACCUGCCAUAAGGUUGGUAAAGCGGGUAUGAAGUCCGAAGAAUUUCAGGGCAUGAUAUGGCCCAUACCCAAUGACGCCGAACAGGCGCCACAGGGGCAAAACUUCACCUGUGAGGUCUUCAACAUCGACGUCUGUGAACCCCACUUCCUUGAGCAUCUCGGCAAGGGCACCUUCAGCAAGAGUGUUUUGGCAGUGUGACAGUCGUAGCACAUCCUGCAGCAACUCAGAAUUGCGAUUGAAAUCCGCCUCGUUGAGGACCAAAACGCCACCAGGACGAAGAAGGCGGUAGAAGUUGCGCAAGACUCUGAUGGGCUCGUCGGCAUGAACGAAGGUCUCCAUCGUGUAAAUUCCAUCAAAAGACGUGUCUGAGAAAUCCGAAAGAUCAUGGUAAUCUCCGAAGCGAACGUCGACCUUGUCUUGCAGUCCGUGCUUGUCCACAUUCCUUCGGGCAUCUUCCAAGUGUAUCGGUGUAAUAUCAAUGGCUUG